UUUCCCCUCCCUCGCUCUCCCUCCCCCUCUCUCUCUCUCUCCCCUCCACAACCACCUGAACCUUUUCCCUUCGUCCCCAUCUCUCGUCUCUCCCCUCCUCCAGCCCGACCCGGCGACCUCCAUUCCGAACCCUAGCCCCCUACCACCACUGCGGCCUGCCUCCUCUGGGCGGGUCCUGCCCAGAUCCAGCACAGGAGGUUAAGCAGGAGGCGGGCGGGCGGGCGGGCGGUGGAUGGACGGGCCGAAGCGGUCGCAGCUGCGGGUGCGCCUCCGCGUCACGGCGCGCCGGCGUGGCGCCGACGGCGACGGCGCCGGGGGCGCGGCCGGGCCCGGAGGGCGGAAGCGCCGGAUGGAGGCCCCCGUCCUCAACUCCGCCGCCAAGCUGCAGCGCCGCGAGAUCGGGGGCCGCCAGCUCGCCGCGCGCGGCGGUGGCCCCGCCGCCGCCGUGCCCGAGCGCUUCCGGAACAUGCAGCUCCAGGAGGAGUUCGAUACAUAUGAUGCCAAUGCUCACCUAUUUGUGAAGCUGCAGUUUCUUAAAAGAAGAUCCAAAAUUAUUGAGAUCGUUGCAGCAAAGGAUAUCAUAUUUGCCCUUGCUAAUUCCGGGCUUUGUGCUGCUUUUAACCGAGUAACGAACAAGCGCAUAGCCUUCUUGAAUUUGAGCCCAGAUGAAGUGAUUCGGAGCUUGUUCUACAACAAGAACAAUGAUUCCCUUAUUACUGUUUCAGUUUAUGCAUCUGACAAUUUCAGCACAUUGAAGUGCAGAACAACCCCGAUUGAGUAUAUUAGAAGGAAUCAGUUAGAUGCUGGGUUUCCCCUCUUUGAAUCAGAGUCUCUGAAAUGGCCUGGAUUUGUGGAGUUUGAUGAUGUCAAUGGAAAAGUACUCACAUAUUCGGCGCAGGAUGGUAUAUAUAAGGUAUUUGAUUUGAAGAACUACUCCUUCCUAUAUUCGAUACCAGAUGAAAACGUGCAGGAGAUAAAGAUCAGUCCAGGAAUCAUGCUCUUGAUAUACGACAGAACACCAAGUUAUGUUCCAUUGAAGAUAUUAUCAAUUGAAGAUGGAAAGCCACUGAAAUCUUUUAAGCACUUGUUGCACCGCAACAAGAAAAUUGAUUUCAUUGAGCAGUUCAAUGAGAAGCUCCUUGUCAAGCAAGAGGAUGAAAACUUCCAGAUACUUGAUGUGCGGAGUUCUGAGCUAAUUGAAGUCAGUGUCUCCAAGUUUAUGACCCCUUCAGCCUUCAUUUUUCUAUAUGAGAACAAUCUCUUCUUGACAUUCCGAAACAGAACUGUCGCUGUAUGGAACUUCCGAGGAGAGCUUGUGACUUCAUUUGAAGACCACUUGCUUUGGCAUCAUGAUUGUAGCACCAACAAUAUUUACAUCACUAGUGAUCAGGAUCUUAUUAUCUCAUACUGCAAAUCCGAAGCAGUGGCUGAGGAUGGUACAGUUAUUCCAGUUGGAUCCAUCAACAUGAGUGAGAUUAUGACUGGCAAGUGUAUCGCCAAGAUUACUGCCAAUGAUCCUGCCCUAAGUGUGGCCCCUCACAGAAAUGAUCGCAGCAAGCGGUCCUUGGGCUGGAGCACCGUUCCAGAAGCUCUGGAGGAUGUCACAGCACUGUUUUAUGAUGAGGACAGGAACGAGAUCUACACCGGCAACAGUCAUGGACUGGUGCAUGUAUGGUCGAACUAGAUAGUAACAUGUGCAUACAUUUCGCCCUUUUGGUUUGACUUGGCUAGCUUGACUUCAUUCUGUAUAAUCCCCGGCUUGGGGCUCACCUAGCUUUUGUAUCUGGCAAUAGAAUGUGUUUCCUUGAGCAAUUGUGAAUGCAAAUUGUUCUUGUAAAUAUCCUGUGUUCGUCUACCUUACUCAAGUAACAUAGAAAUUAGCCUCCAAAUCUAACUUUGUUGGAUGCAUCCUGCCAUGUUUCUGGCAGAAAGAGAGUGAAGACCUGGAGCUCUGACCUGCUGUUUAUGUUAUUGUUAUUUUCACAUGUGUAGGAUUUGCAAAAUGGUUGUGUUCUGUUGAGAGCAUUGUUGUCAGAACUUGCUACUUAAGUUAGUUGUGGUUCUUUUGUCUAA